AUGAAGGAGUUCGAGGGACGGCACAUUCGCGUUGAUUUAGCGAGUAAACCAUCGAUCAUACGAAGUGAGGUGGUGUAUGAUCACACGCGAAGUGUCUUCUUGGGCCAUUUACCGUUUAAUGUCGACGAUGAGGACGUGAUUCGGUUGUUCAACAAGAAUAAAGAGUAUCCCGAUUUGCGCAAGAGCGUCGAGGCCGUGCGCGUGGUGCGAGACAGAAAGACGACCAUGGGUAAGGGCAUCGGGUUCGUGUUGUUCAAAACGCCAGCGCAAGCGCGUACGGCGCUUUUGCUUGACGGGAGUAAGCUCGGCGAUAGAGAGAUUCGCGUGAGCAAAGCCGCUCGAUCCAAGGCGCCGAAACCCGGCACGCCGAGCAAGGCGCGCGCCGAGCCGAAGGUCGCCACCGGUGCCGAACGACGGAAUCCGAAGCUUCGUGACGAAGGUGGCGAUGCGUCGACGUCGCGUGGCACAAACGCGUGGGAAGGGUCGAGAUCUCGUCCCGGUGGAAAAUCGUCCAAGAGCGCGCACCGCGGCGGCGAGGCGCAGCGCGGCGCCCCAGGCGCGAGGCAAACUUCGAGUAAAGCCGGCAUCGCGAAGGCGGCCAAACGAUCGGGAAAGCGCCCCGCCGUGGCGGCGCGCAAGGCCAAAGCCAAGGCGUCCGCGGCGGCGGGACGUAACUAA